AUGGCGAGGACCAAUAACAUGACUGAGUUAAUUAUCGCCGGUCUUUUCCAGGACCCAGAGGUGCAGAGAGCGUGUUUUGUGGUGUUUCUGCCCGUGUACUUGGCCACGAUGGUAGGCAACGGCCUCAUUGUCCUGACGGUUAGAGUCAGUAAGAGCCUGCGUGCCCCCAUGUACUUCUUCCUUAGUCACCUGUCACUGGUAGAGAUCAGUUACUCCUCCACUGUUGUCCCUAAAUUCAUCACAGACUUACUUUCUGAGAUUAAAACCAUCUCCCUGGAGGGCUGUGUGGCUCAGAUAUUCUUCUUUCACUUGUUUGGCGUUGCUGAGAUCUUCCUGCUCACGGUGAUGGCCUAUGACCGCUACGUGGCCAUCUGCAAGCCCCUGCACUACACAGCCGUCAUGAGCCGGCCUGUGUGCCACCGUCUGCUGGCUGCUUCCUGGCUGGGGGGCUUUUCUCACUCCAUGGUUCAGAUCAUGAUCACUCUCCAGUUACCCUUCUGCGGUCCCAACGUGAUUGACCACUACUUCUGUGACCUCCAUCCCUUGUUCAAGCUUGCCUGCGCUGACACCUCUGUGGAGGGGGUCAUUGUGUUGGCCAACAGUGGAUUAUUCUCCAUCUUUUCUUUCCUCCUCUUGGUGUCCUCCUAUAUUGUUAUCCUGGUCAGCUUGAGGAACCAUUCAGCAGAGGGCAGACGCAAAGCCCUCUCCACCUGUGCCUCUCACCUCACGGUGGUCACCUUGUUCUUUGGACCCGCCAUCUUCCUCUACAUGCGGCCCCCCUCCACCUUCACUGAGGACAAGCUGGUGGCCGUGUUCUACACGGUGGUCACCCCCAUGCUGAACCCCAUCAUCUACACACUCAGAAAUGCAGAGAUGAAAGUUGCGUUGAAGAGCUUGUGGGGCAGGAAAGUAAACUCAGGGUUGCAAUAA